GCGCAGCACAAAGCGCGUCUGUCCGAACAAUACCUUACAGUCCAGAGCCGCCUCGUCUGUGGGAGUGCAGUUGUGACCCUUGUGCAUUCUCGAGGCUUGGCACACUACGCAGAUGGGGUGCUGGUCAUCCACGCAGAAGAGCUUCAGCUUCUCGCCGUGCUGUGGGCACUCCUCCUUCUUGUUGUUCUCACGACUCCAGUUCUGAGUCUGCACGAAGGCCUCGCACAGGUUCCUCAAAGCCAGGUUGCUCGGAGGUUGCUUUUUUGAUGUUCUCCUCCUGCAAACGGGACAGCUCCGGAAAACUGAGUUGAACCAAAAUUUCUGCAGGCACGACCGACAGAAGCUGUGGCUGCACGGGAGCAGGACCGGGUCGCUGAAGAUGUCACAGCACACAGGACAUGACAGGUCCUCUUCGGGCAACUUGGAAGACAUGGUCACGCCUGAGACGCGUCCAACAUACUAAGAGCCGAAGCUGCUGCAGUGUCGCCUUGGCACGCAAGUGUGAAGUGAUGUUCUGGGAGGUGAUCAGCGACGAGCACGGCAUCGACCCGACUGGGACGUACCACGGAGACAGCGACCUACAGCUAGACAGGAUCAGCGUCUACUACAAUGAGGCUACAGGUGGGAAGUACGUACCCCGUGCCAUCCUCGUGGAUCUGGAACCCGGUACCAUGGACUCGGUCCGCUCCGGCCCUUUCGGACAGAUCUUCAGACCUGACAACUUUGUGUUUGGGCAAAGUGGUGCCGGAAACAACUGGGCAAAGGGCCACUACACUGAGGGGGCGGAGCUUGUGGACUCUGUGCUGGAUGUGGUGCGUAAGGAGGCGGAGAGCUGCGACUGCCUGCAGGGUUUCCAGCUCACUCACUCUCUGGGCGGUGGCACCGGUUCAGGCAUGGGCACACUACUCAUCAGCAAAAUCCGUGAGGAGUAUCCAGACCGCAUCAUGAACACGUUCAGCGUGGUGCCCUCGCCUAAAGUGUCCGACACUGUUGUGGAGCCCUACAACGCCACGUUGUCUGUGCACCAGCUGGUCGAGAACACCGACGAGACCUACUGCAUCGACAACGAGGCACUUUACGACAUCUGCUUCCGCACUCUGAAGCUGACCACGCCCACUUACGGUGACCUGAACCACCUGGUCUCGGCCACCAUGAGCGGCGUGACGACCUGCCUGCGCUUCCCAGGGCAGCUGAACGCAGAUCUGCGCAAGCUGGCCGUCAACAUGGUGCCCUUCCCACGUCUGCACUUCUUCAUGCCCGGGUUUGCUCCUCUGACCAGCAGGGGGAGCCAGCAGUACCGCUCUCUAUCCGUGCCCGAGCUGACACAGCAGAUGUUUGACGCCAAGAACAUGAUGGCAGCCUGCGACCCGCGUCACGGCCGCUACCUCACCGUGGCCGCUGUCUUCCGAGGCCGCAUGUCUAUGAAGGAGGUGGACGAGCAGAUGCUCAAUGUGCAGAACAAGAACAGCAGCUACUUCGUUGAAUGGAUCCCCAACAACGUCAAGACAGCCGUGUGCGACAUCCCGCCACGUGGCCUCAAGAUGGCCGCCACCUUCAUCGGCAACAGCACGGCCAUCCAGGAGCUGUUCAAGCGCAUCUCUGAGCAGUUCACUGCCAUGUUCAGGCGCAAGGCUUUCCUGCACUGGUACACCGGAGAGGGCAUGGACGAGAUGGAGUUCACCGAAGCCGAGAGCAACAUGAAUGACCUGGUCUCCGAGUACCAGCAGUACCAGGAUGCCACCGCCGAAGAGGGUGAGUUUGAGGAGGAGGGCGAAGAAGAGGUCGCUUAAAUCUAAACCACGCCCUUUUCCUCCUUUUCAUUCAUAAUCUUUAUCCUUAUCUUCAUUGCAAUUCCGGUGUUCACAAAAUAAUCAAAGGGUUUUUUUCCACAUCUCCAACCGCAAUUAUGGUCCUUACAGCUGUGACAUUUUCAAUAAAUGGUGCAAGUGUUGUUUUGUUUUGUUUUUUCAUUAGUCUUUGUGUUUUUGUAACUUGUGAGUUCACUGCAUCAGCUCCACUUUUGCAAGAAGUUAUAUCAACUGUGAAGACUUCAGAUGUGUGAUUAACUUAACUUCUGUCAAGAUCUGA